CCACACAAUUUUGCCGGUUGUUUCGUGUUUUGCAAUGGCAACGCCAAGGAUGUCGCAGCCUGUAUCUGCAAAUACAUUCACGGAAUCUGAGGAACAGGCAAAACUUCGGUUUCAAACAGAGCUGGAAUUUGUACAAUGUUUAGCAAACCCAAACUAUCUUAACUUUCUAGCCCAGCGUGGUUACUUCAAAGACACAAAUUUUAUCAACUACCUCAAAUAUCUCCAGUACUGGAAAGAACCCAAAUAUGCUAAAUAUCUGAAGUAUCCACAAGCUUUACAUUUCCUGGAGUUACUACAGUACGAACAAUUCAGAAAAGAGUUAGCCAAUCAGCAAUGUGCGAAGUUUAUUGAUGAUCAGCAGCUUCUGCACUGGCAACAUUAUCAACGUAAACGUGUACAACUUCUCGGAGCGGAGGCGGAGCAUGUACAACAGAUGAAGGAAACGAAACCGACAUGAUACAUCAGCAGACAUGCUACAUGAAAAACGGACACGGGGUUCUGCGACGGUUAAAUUUAUGACUGAAUGACUUAGACAGGAUUUUUGUGGUCACUGCCUAG